CGCGAGGGCGGUGCCGCGCGCCGUGCCCGCGCUGGGCGGGGCGGCCAUGGCGGAGGGAGGAGGAGCGGCCGGCUCGGCGUCCAGCGCGGGCCGGGGCUGCUCCACGUCGGGGCUGAGCGGGCGGGCGGAGCGGACGCCCCGCUACACCCUGGGGCUGCUGCAGACGCCGCGCAGCACGGGGGGCAGCACCGGCGGCUCCUCUAGCGGCGGGGCCGGGCCGGGCAGCUCCAGCGGGGGAGGCCUCGCUGCCGGCGGGAAGCCUCCGGUUCCCGGCAGAGGAGAAUCAUAUUUUGGGGACAAAAGUUCUUGCGUGGAAAAUACCAGCACACUGAACCUCACAAGUUGUUCUUCUGUGCGAGGCCUGAACAGCGCGCGUGUCAGAAGAGCCCCCCCCUCUUCCAGCAAGCCCGUGUGCAGGACCCACACCCCGCUCACGGGGUACUCAGUGACGUCCUCGUCGGCGACCUCUGCCCACGCUGCCGCGUCGGUGAUCGCAGCGGUGGUGGAAGGAAGAGGCCUUGCCAGGGGUGAGGUGGGAAUGGCCAGUAUCGACCUAAAAAAUCCCGAGAUGAUAUUAUCACAAUUUGCAGAUAAUACAACUUAUGCCAAGGUUAUUACUAAACUCAAGAUAUUAACACCGUUAGAAAUAAUAAUGUCAAACACUGCUUGUGAUACAGGAAACACAACAAAGUUGUUCAGUCUGAUAACAGAACAUUUCAAGAAUGUGACUUUUACAACUGUCCAAAGGAAAUACUUCAAUGAAACAAAAGGUUUGGAAUACAUAGAACAAUUGUGUGCGUCUGAAUUCAGCACCAUUUUCAUGGAGGUUCAAUCAAAGUACUACUGUCUUGCAGCUGCUGCAGCUUUGCUAAAAUAUGUUGAAUUUAUUCAAAAUUCAGUUUAUGCUCCCAAAUCACUCAAGGUGCGUUUCCAGGGGAGUGAGAAAACAGCUAUGAUAGAUUCGGCAUCAGCGCAAAAUCUUGAACUAGUAAUUAACAACAGAGAUUCUCGGAAUGGUCACACGCUUUUCGGUGUCCUGAAUUACACUAAAACUGCAGGUGGAAGUCGAAGGCUUAGAUCCAAUAUCCUGGAGCCACCAGUUGAUGCCGAAACAAUUAACAUGAGGCUGGACUGUGUUCAGGAAUUACUCCAGGAUGAGGAGCUCUUUUUUGGUCUUCAAGCAGUUAUCUCGAAAUUCCUGGAUACAGAACAACUACUUUCUGUUUUGGUACAAAUUCCAAAGCAGGAUACGGUUAAAACUGCUGAAUCAAAAAUAACUAAUUUAAUCUACCUGAAGCAUACUCUGGAACUUGUGGAACCUCUAAAAGCUGCGUUAAGAAGCUGUGACACGUCGCUGCUGAAGGCUUAUUACCAUUGUCUUGAAGAUACAAGAUUUGGAAUAAUACUUGAAAAGAUUACAACUGUAAUUAAUGAUGAUACAAGGUACACAAAAGGAUGUCUGAAUAUGAGGACCCAGAAAUGCUAUGCUGUGAAGCCUAACAUCAAUGAAUUCCUCGACAUAGCUCGUAGAACAUACACAGAAAUUGUUGAUGACAUUGCAGGUAUGAUAACACAACUUGCAGAAAAGUACAACCUACCAAUGAAAACAAGUUUCAGCUCCGCUCGUGGAUUUUUUAUCCAGAUGACUGUUGAUUGUUCAGCGUUACCCAAUGGCCAACUUCCUUCGGAAUUCACAAAGAUCACAAAAAUGAAAAACACAUAUAGCUUCACUUCAGCUGAUUUAAUAAAAAUGAAUGAAAGAUGUCAGGAGUCCCUGAGAGAAAUAUAUCACAUGACCUACCUAAUAGUGUGUAAACUACUGAACGAGAUCUAUGAGCACAUUCAUUGUCUGUACAAGCUGUCUGACGUUGUGUCCAUGCUGGAUAUGUUGCUCUCAUUUGCCCACGCCUGCACUCUGUCUGAUUACGUUCGUCCAGAAUUUACAGAUACUUUAGCAAUCAAACAGGGAUGGCAUCCCAUUCUUGAAAAGAUAGCUAUGGAGAAACCUGUGUCUAACAACACAUACCUGACAGAGGGUAAUAAUUUUGCCAUUAUUACAGGACCAAAUAUGAGUGGAAAAUCAACAUACCUAAAACAAAUUGCACUCUGUCAAAUUAUGGCACAGAUUGGUUCUUAUGUCCCAGCAGAGUAUUGUUCUUUUCGAAUUGCAGAGCAAAUUUUUACCAGAAUAGGUAUGGAUGAUGAUAUAGAAACAAAUUCUUCAACAUUCAUGAAGGAAAUGAAAGAGAUAACAUAUAUCAUACAAAACGCUAAUGACAAAUCACUUAUCAUCAUUGACGAACUUGGCAGAGGUACCAGUGCUGAAGAAGGUAUUGGCAUUUGCUAUGCUGCCUGUGAAUAUCUGUUGAAUUUAAAGGUCAGCAGGACUUCAGCACGCAUCACAGUGACUUGGGAGGGCAAACACCCUGACUCUGAACACCCGUCCUUUCUCCAUCCUCCCUGCAGCUUUUCUUGCUGCGUCGUUGCGUGAUGUCCCUCGGGCCGGCGGGGUCAGCUGUCCCGGCUCUGUCCCCUCCCAGCCCCUGUGCAGCCCCAGCCUGCUCUGGCGGGGCAGCGGCGGGACCAGAAGAGGCCUUGAUGCUGCUCAGCCACAGCUGAAACAUGGGUGUGUUACCAGCACAAAUCCAAAACGUAGCACCGUACAAGCUGCUGUGAAGAAAGCUGAUGCUGGCUCAGCCAAAACCAGUGCAGUGGUCGCCAUCUCUCUCCAGCUGGCUCGCAAGCUUGCGUUUCUGUCGAGAAAGAGAAUAACCCGGUCCUGGUUUUGCUCAAAGGUGAACCUCUGUACCCAGCUGUUACCGCUCCAAAGGACAGCGCUAGUUCUGCACAACUUAGGCGUUGGUCACAGGGGUGAGAGGCUUGUUCAGAAGAGUGGGAGGUGGUUUCACGUGGGUCGGAAGUUUCUCCUCUGUUCCCAGUCGUGGGAUCAACCUCACGCUGUCAUCGGCUCUGUGCAGGGAGCGCGUAGGUGUUUUGUUUCUCUCCAGAGUUUAUUCAGAGUACUUUCGUGGUUCGGUUUGAAAAACUCGGAUAUUUUCUGUGGCUUGUACUUUUGGCAAAACAUUCCUUGGGAGUAUUAAGGCAACCGUUUGACAAUAAUUCUAUUUAACCCUAGUCAAAUUUUGUAAGCAUCAUGGAUUUCCUGUUACUUCUGAUAUUCUUUUCCUUCUAUUGAAAAAGGAAUGGGAAAAUCCCCAGUUGGAAAAGAUAUCCUUGCCAAUGAUAGAACUCGGGGCUUAAAGAUUUUAAUUUGCUUUAGUAAUUUAAAGACAAAUUUUCAGUGUUUUCGAGGAAAACCUGGAUAUCUGUGAGAUAAUUUAAUUUUUCUUAUUUAUUGUAAUUUAUUCCAGGAUCAUUUACAAAAUAAAUUUUCUUUCUUGUUUCCUUAUUUAGGCAUUUACAUUGUUUGCUACACAUUUUUUGGAACUGUGUCAUAUAGAUGUUUUUUAUCCCAAUGUGGAAAAUUACCAUUUUGAAGUGCAACAUGUGAGAAGCAGUGCUGGAAAUAAAGAGAAAAUUGCUUACACUUACACACUCUCUAAAGGCUGUACGGAGGAAAAGAACUACGGUAAUGGGUUCUGCUAAGACUUUAACUUAGUCAAGAUUGUAAAAGAUACUAUGUCAGUUAUUAGACAUCUAAGAAUAUUUUUCUGCUGACAGAUUUCUGCUGAAUUUGUGUCUCUGUCAUAGAGGAGCAACUGCAGAUCUGUAGGAUGUUCAAAAUUACUUGAGUGUUUUAUGUAACCAUGUAGUGAAAUAGUAGUUUGGGGUAACAUGGAGAACUUACUCAUUUUUUUUCACUAUGAAAUUUCAUGUAAUGUCGGUAGCUACUGGAUGCACCUGGAUGAGGCGAGUUGUUGUGGGCACACAGGGCUCGGUGAGCUCGGGAGGGACUGAAGGCUGUGAAUGCCGAGGUCUGUGUCACAGAGAGCUCUUCGUGUGUCUGCCAUACGCAGUGAUUUAUCAGUUAAAUAGCAGCUUGGCCCUUUUUGGUUAGCAAAAGGGAAUCAUGUUUCUUGAAAAAAGGUCAGGAAUUUUACUGCAUCAGCCUAAGGCUAUUUGGGGAGGUUCCACUAAAGCAUCAGUGUUUUCUGGAAAUGGGGUUUACUUCUCUUUUAACUUCAGAAUAAAUAACACUGAAGACUGUACAGAUUGGCAGAUUAUGGGUCAAUAAAGAAAUGAGUGAGUGACAGUAAGGAAUAACUACAUGUUUUAAAGAGUUACAGAGAUCCUGGUUUUCAAAUAUGAAAUUCUGAAGUGGGAUCCUUGAUUUAGGUGACAUUUAAUCAGUAGGAAAUUAGCAAAAUGUGACUUGUGCAAGGUAGUGGUAAUUGAAGACUACGAAUUAUUCCAGUCAAACUUCAAUUAACUGGAUUGAAAAGGCUUCAUUAUCAGAAUUUCAGAAUGAGCUCCUUUACCUUUGGCAGCACAAGCUCAAUUUCAGAUGCUGCAACACCACUCACUCAGAAAAACCCUUUGUUGAGAGAGCGUUCUCAGAGAACUGGAGACCUUCAGUAACUCUGUCUUGGCAUUUGGCUUUACCUUACGUGAGCAAAGCUGUGUUCCAGGAAAGCGUGCAGCGGCCCUGCUUGACCCUUGUCGUUUUUAACCCUACACUGUGAAAGCACGGGCCGGGGCACAGAUUUUCCCCAGAACAGCCAGGGCCACAGGCAAAUGAAAAAGUAAAACAAUAAUCAUGUCAGUGCAGAAGAAAUAUUUCACAUCUCUUUCUUACCCGGAGUAUCUGGCAGUUGGAGUAGAAGCUGGAACAAGACAUGCGUGUCCGCUGGAUGUCUGGAUUUAGUGGAGAGCGUAUUUAGCGCAACUUCAGUAUUUUCUGGCCUGCCAGAUUCAAAAAACGAGCAAACAAACCAACAAAAACGAAACGGGGAAAGCUGUUAACACCGCUGUGCCAUUUCUGUUCCUUUGACCCCUGAUGUGUUCCAUCUUGCCCAGUUACAGUGUUGCCAGCAGUAACUUUAUGUGGGACUGUAUCUUGGAAGUAGCAUUUCAACAAAUUAGACAUUUUAUUUUGUAACUCUCAAAACCAUAUAGUUUACUUAAAAAAAAAAAAAAAGACUAAGAAAAAAAUAGAAUAAAAUUAUUUUAAUAACAAUGAAAACUUUAGAAAGCAGGCCAGGUUAAUUGUGGCAAACACUGGAACGCAAAAAAUUUAAAUAAUGUCCUGAUUUGUGUUUUAUACGUUUAGGGUUAAAAGCUGCAGAAGUUUCCUCCUUACCAUCAUCCGUAAUUCUGGAUGCAAAGGAAAUCACAAAUCACAUCGCAAAACAAAUUUUGGUAUGUGGCGGAAAAUUAUAAUACUGUAAUUUGCCAUUUUCCGUGCCUGAAAAAUGGCAGAAAAAACCCAAAUAUGUUUUCAGUUUCUGAAUGGAUAAAGAAUAAGCAGUGCCUAUGGUUUCAUGAAAAUAGAUGGGUAUUUCCGGAGCUCGUUAUCAAAGAUUAUACUGAAGGUCACCGUUAGGUGACAACACAAAGCAGUCCUUAGGGUUAAGGAGUACUGGAUGUAAUGUUGGUGUACAAACCAAGAAUCAGGAGAUCAGAAAUAGCCUGGAAAAUAGCUAAUAUUGGUAUUUUAAUAACAGGACAUCGUUGAUUUCAUGUGUUAAUACAUGCGUGUGUUUGUAAGAACAGCACAGGCAGAAGGGUCCUCCCGAGAUGGUGGAACAGAGAGCUGUGUACCAGUUAGCGAUGAGGCUGGUUCAGACCGCCAGGAAUUCUCGACUGGAUCCAGACAGCUUGCGCAUAUAUUUGAAAGGCUUGAAGAGAAAGUAUGAAGCCAGUUGUCCUGCACCUGGGCAAAAUGAUGAGCAACAGUAAGGCGUAACAUAGGCUGUUGUUCCAGCUUUUAUGGCUGCAAGAUGACUCUGUUUUUUCCAUAGUAUUAGAAAACGCUGCUUUUCAUGUGUUAAUAAAUUAUUAUACUCAGUACUGAAAGGCCAUAUCCUUCAUGCUUUUUCCCCAAAACAUACCUGAGAUAAGCAUUUACUUUGUAUAAGGAACACGGUUCUUUUUGAUAAUGAGCUAUAUCCCUUUCAUUAUUUUAGAGACAAAAAAGUUGUAUAAUAUUUACCAUUUUCUGUGUGAUAUCUCUGGUGUUGUAUGUCUUACAUGUGAUACUGAAGAUCCUGCCUAGCACAAAGCAGCCGUUGAGACGGACGGUCCGCUUGCCGGGCGCGGGCGAGCCCCCGUGUGCUGCCUCCCCCGGCGCCGGCUGCGCGGGGCGCGUCCCGCGGGCACGGGCAGCCCGGCGCUGCUGCUGCGCCGCCUCUGCUUAGAAACCAACAGUAGAGCAAUAAAAAGUUGAAUAUCCUUACUUGUGUGUUGGUUUCGUUGUUGGUGGUGGUGGUUAUUUUUGUUUGGUUUUGUUUGGUUCUUUGUCUAUUAUAUAAUGCGUAUUACACAAUACAAAAUGUUACAUAUGCAUUGUAUUUGAAAAAGGAUAAUCAGAGAAAGAAAUUGAAACCAGUAAAAGGUUUGUUGAAGAACAGAUAUUGGUGUAGAAUACACAGAACGUUAGAUCAGAACUGUCCCUCCGUCAAUCCAGGGUGGGAUCCUAAUGUCCUUAUAUCGGGGGACAGGCUCAAUUGGUAUGGACAGUGCAUUUUAUAUGGGAUUAGACACGCUGUGCCUAAAGCUGUAAAUAUGCCAAAGGCUUCUGAGACUAAACAGGAUCGUCUGUGCCUCAUUUGCUACACCCCUUUAUCUGUUUACCAAAUUACGACUUAGACUGUAUUUACCAUUGUAAAAAUAAAGCUUUCCCCCUUUAAUUUUUGUCACAUAUUGUAAUUAAUAGAGAUAUUGAAGCCCGUCCUAGCUAAACUGGAAAAAAGCAGCCAUGUGUAUUUUUAAAUAAAGAUUAAAUCAAGUCUGCUCGCUCAUUA